GUGGGGUUUUCGGGGUAAGGACGACCGGAGACGGGUCAGCCCGGUGUCCCCUCCUGCCUACAACCUCGAGUUCUCUCACAUGUGGGACACUCCGCCUUUCAAACCUCAUACGUCGCAUCGAUAUCUUUUAAAGACGAUGACAUAAGCCUCCCAGAACUCGCUGUUUGCUGUGAUGGAGAGAUGGCAGACCGAGUCAGAGAGAGGAGGUGUGGCUUCGCGGGAGACAGAGUCACAGAAAGGAGGUGUGGCUUCGUGGCAGACAGCGUCACAGAGAGGAGGUGUGGCUUCGCAGCAGAUAGCGUCAGAGAGAGGAGGUGUGGCUUCGCAGCAGUCAGAGGCUGCAGACCAUGACUGGCAGGAAGUGGCUGACACAGACUUGGGGGCUAAAGCUCAUUUCAACCUGAAGGACUGUCAGGAACAAGAAUGCACCCUGCUGAGCAGGACCAAAGCUGGUCCGCUGCUAGCCUCUCUGGCUCUGGAGAGCUUUGAGCUUCCGGCCGGUGUGGUUCCGGAGGAGAUGCCAUUGUUCCCACAGUGGAGCUUACCUUUGCGACUGACUGCACUGCUGCUGGCAGGGACCUUCCUCUACACAUUCCUGAGAGACGUGCUGCAGCCCUUUGUGUCUCGGAAUCAGAGCGACUUUUAUAAGGUGCCAAUCUUGGUGAUGAACAAGACUCUGCCAUGGACGUCCAUCACUCUGCUGGCCCUGGUCUACCUCCCUGGUCUACUGGCUGCUCUUCUGCAGCUACACAGAGGUACGAAGUACAGCCAGUUCCCAAGUUGGCUGGAGAAGUGGCUGUCUAUGAGGAAGCAGCUGGGCUUGCUUUCCUUCUACCUGGCCGGCCUCCAUGCAGUCUAUAGUCUCUGCUAUCCCAUGAGAAGGUCCUACAGGUACAAACUGCUCAACUGGGCAUAUCAGCAGGUGCAGCAGAACAAGGAAGACAGUUGGGUGUCUGAUGAUGUUUGGCGGAUGGAAAUCUACAUUUCUCUGGGCAUAAUGGGCCUGGGCAUGCUGGCCCUGCUAGCUGUGUCUUCCCUACCAUCUGUCUCCAGCAAUCUCAACUGGAGGGAGUUCACCUUCAUUCAGAGGUCUCUGGGCUACACUGCCAUGUUCCUGUGUACAGCCCACGUUCUGGUCUAUGGCUGGAAGAAAUGGGUUGAGCCUAAACAGUACAUCUGGUAUACACCACCCUCCUUCAUCCUCGCCUCGCUCCUCCCGCUGAGCGUUCUCUCAGUCAAAGCCGUGCUGCUUCUGCCCUGUUGGAACAGGAAGCUGGAGCAGAUCCGCCGAGGCUGGGAGAGCCCCCUUCUCCUUCUGCAACAAAAAUAAUUGGAAAGGAAAACGUUCGUCCUGUACUUAGAUGACAGUGAAUCAGGAAUAAAACAUUGCUGUUCCUGCACAGAAACUGUUAACUUCAAUUUUGUCAUGUUUAUUUUGCUUACUUGAACUGAACAUUUGCAAUCAAUUAAUCAGCUACUGUGUAAUUUCUAAUAUGUUUAUCAACAGCAGUUGAAAAUGAGCAAUCCUAUUUUAUGAAAACAUUUCCUAUUUGCAGAUAUUUUUGUCUGACUACAGCAAGACGUCAUAUACUUUAAUGUCCUCUGUCAGAAAUAUGUCAGAUUGCAUCAUAUGCAUUAACUGACAUGAUCACAGUGAGGUUGUAUAGAUAGCUGAGGUAGCAAAUAUGCUAGAACAAGUCAAGUCAAUUUUAUUUGUAUCGCCCAAUAUCACAAAUUACAAAUUUGCGUCAGUGGGCUUUACAGCAACACAACAUCCUGUCAAAGAAAGUUGAAUCAGUUCAUCUGGACACCACGUUUAUUCAUCAUCAUCUAAGUGACCUCUUCAGUCUCACCUGACUGCAGGUGUCUCCACCCUUAUAAACAAUGCAGUGAUUGCAAGUAUCCCCACCCUUAUAAACAAUACAGUGACUGCAGGUGUCCCCACUCUUAUAAACAAGACAGUGACUGCAGGUGUCCCCACCCUUAUAAACAAUACAGUGACUGCAGGUGUCCCCACCCUCAUAAACAAUACAGUGACUGCAGGUGUCCCCACCCUUACAAACAAUACAGUGACUGCAGGUGUCCCCACCCUUAUGAACAAUAUAGUGACUGCAGGUGUCCCCACCCUUAUGAACAAUAUAGUGACUGCAGGUGUCCCCACCCUUAUAAACAACACAGUGACUGCAGGUGUCCCCAACCUUAUGAACAGUAUAGUGACUGCAGGUGUCUCCACCCUUACAAACAAUACAGUGACUCAGGUGUCCCCACCCUUAUAAACGAUACAGUACAAUACAGUGUCUAACGGCCGACACCAACGACCAAUUGUUUUUUUGGAGAAGUUAACAUAUAAAUAUUAUUUAUUUUAUUUGAUUUUAUUCUCUAAAUUUUGACUUUUUUAAACAAUGCUUUCCUGCAUCAGGCAACCAUCGCUGAAACGCCUUCCCUAUCAGCUGUACACACGUGUUAUUUCACAUCCUUAAUAUUAAUAAUUGUUUAUGCAAAUAUUUUGUAGAUACGUUUUAAUUAAAGUUUCAUUGUUCAUUUAAAAAAAUAU